AUGAUAGUAUAUAAUAUUAAGAAGAUUGUGAUGUUUGCGGCUGGUACGGCAUUGUUACUGCGGUGUUUCUCAACAUAAUUUUAUAAUUUAAACAAAUAUCUUGUGAAAAAUGUUAACUCUACAACCGAAAAAAGACGGUGGACCCAACACUAAAUUUUUUGAGUCCGCUGAAGUAUUAGCGCAACUUGAUGGAGUUAAGCAAUGGCUUUUGAAAAAUUGCAAAAAGUAUGUGACGACAGAUCCACCGACAAAUAAAAGUUUGGCUACGCUAAUUAUUCAGCUUAUUCAAUUUCAAGAAGAUAAUCUUGGAAAAAAUGUUUCAAAACCACCUAUGGCAAGACUUCCUAUGAAGUGUUUUCUAGACUUCAAACCAAAUGGAGGACUAUGUCACAUACUUGGAACAGCAUACAAAUUUAAACAAGAACAAGGAUGGCGAAGAUUUGAUUUCCCCGUAGGAAAAUCCACUUCACGAUUAGAUCGUAUAAUUGAAAUGCUAAUGGCUGCAGAACGUGCACUGAUACAAAACCGAUGUAUAACUGUUCCGUGUAUUUAUAUAAAACCUGAAGUAGACAAAGCUACUGCGUCAAAAGUUAAAGAUAGUAUACGACGUCAUCAAGGUACAAUUGCUGAAAAUGAAGCUGAUGCAACGCACAUAAUUUAUCCACCUGUAGAUCCCAUGGAAGAAGAAUAUGCACGGCCAUGUUUACGUCGUGAUCGUUCUGUGUUACUCCACUGGUACUACUUCCCUGAUAGUUAUGACUCUUGGGUAAAUUUCGAUUUGCCAUUUGACUUUCCUGAAGGUGGACUAGGUGGUCCAUCACAAAAAUCAUCGUACAAAGUAUCGGCCACGUGGGCUCUAGACUUUGACCAGUACAAUGAGUGGAUGAAUGAAGAAGACUAUGAAGUAGAUGACAAUGGACAAAAACGUAUCCACAAAUUUAGAUUAUCAGUUGAAGACAUGAUGGCUCCACCGGCAGCACCUCCACCAGCGUCAGCUAAAAAACAAAAACGAAAACGGUCACCAAGUCCUCCCCCAAAAAUCGGGAAACGUAAGAGUGGUCGUGGUCCAGCCGGCUUAGCAGGUACAUCAGCAAUCGCAACACCUAAAAAAACUCGCGGUGGUGUAGACGAAGAGGAAGAUUUGACUCAGGGUAUGGAAGAUCCACCUGCUGAACCAAGGAUCGUUGAAGUAAUGGCCAAUCCAACUAGUGCUCCAAUUUCUGGAACCGGUGGUGGCUCAACCGGAAGUCUGACGUCGAAUAAAAAGCAAGACAGCGAACUUCAGCCGCUUAAAUCCGGCAACAUGGCAGAUCUUGAUGAGCCGAUUGAGUCAGAGAAAGGCUCCCAGGGGACACAAGAUCGCGAGGAACGAGAUACAAGUAAAGAACGUGGUGACAAUGGAAAAGAUGAGCCUGAAGACAACGUCACUGAACAGACUCAUCACAUCGUCGUUCCCAGUUACUCAGCCUGGUUUGACUACAACUCAAUUCACACAAUUGAAAAGCGCGCGCUUUCUGAAUUCUUCAAUGGAAAAAACAAAUCUAAGACUCCGGAAAUUUAUCUGGCUUACAGAAAUUUUAUGAUCGACACUUACCGACUCAACCCAACUGAGUACAUAACUUCAACAGCAUGCCGACGUAAUUUAGCUGGUGACGUCUGCGCUAUUAUGCGCGUCCAUGCAUUCUUAGAACAAUGGGGUUUAAUUAACUAUCAAGUUGACGCAGAGUCACGUCCAACUCCCAUGGGUCCACCUCCUACGUCUCACUUCCACGUACUGUCCGAUACUCCGUCAGGUCUCGCUCCAGUGAACCCUAAUCCUCCAAAGACUCAACAACCGUCCGCUGCAAAGACUCUGUUGGACUUAGAAAAGAAACCGGUUGUGUCAGUGGAAGAAAAAGGCGCUGUAGGAGCGAUGGCUAAUUUCGGAUUGAAAAUCGAUCAGUAUGCGAGAAAACCCGCGGUUUUGAAGAACAAACAGGCUGCUGGUGCUACUAGAGAUUGGACUGAACAAGAAACUUUACUUUUGCUUGAAGGAUUGGAGCUGCAUAAAGACGAUUGGAAUAAAGUGUGUGAGCACGUCAGUUCACGAACCCAAGACGAGUGUAUUCUCCACUUCCUGCGUCUUCCUAUUGAGGAUCCGUAUCUAGAAGAAGGUGGGCCUGAGGGAUUGGGACCUUUGGCUUAUCAACCUGUACCAUUUUCUAAAGCUGGUAACCCUGUUAUGAGCACCGUCGCUUUUCUUGCAUCUGUAGUAGAUCCCAGAGUAGCUGCUAGUGCUGCGAAAGCGGCUAUGGAAGAGUUCGCUGCUAUAAAAGAUCAAGUACCGGCAGCGCUUUUGGAUCAACACUUGAGAAAUGUCCAAGCGAGUGCUAAUGCUGAUGGUAAAUUUGAUCCCGCGGCAGGAUUAGCUCAGUCUGGUAUUGCUGGUACUGGUCCACCAGAACCUCCUGAAGAUACCUCAGCAAGUUCGACUCCUGGUGCAACGGCGACUUCACCAUCUGCUGCGACUUCUGAGAGCAAAAAAGACGAAAGUAUUGAGAAGAGAGAAGGUGAUGAAUCGACUUUAUCUACGCCAAUUGUUCCAAAGAAAGAAGAAGGAACUGAUGCUGAGAGAACAGAUCAAUCAGAGAAAAUGGACGUCGAUGUAAAAGAGUCAGACACGGAGGCUAAGAAAAUUAGUGAUAGUCCAGAAGAAAUUGAGGCGAAAGAAAAGAAAGAUAAAGUUGUUCGUGAUGCACAGUUGCAGUCUGCUGCAGCUGCUGCUUUAGCUGCCGCUGCUGUCAAAGCUAAACAUCUUGCAGCUGUUGAAGAACGCAAGAUCAAAUCACUCGUUGCUUUACUGGUUGAAACCCAGAUGAAGAAACUGGAAAUUAAGCUCCGUCACUUUGAAGAACUAGAAACCACGAUGGAGCGCGAGCGCGAGGGUCUUGAAUACCAGAGACAGCAGCUCAUUACUGAACGACAACAAUUUCAUUUGGAGCAACUGAAAGCCGCUGAAUUCCGUGCGAGACAACAGGCGCACCAACGACUAGCCCAAGAACAACAGCAGCAACAACAACAGCAGCAGCAACAACAGGGCCAGCAUCCGCCCUGGCAACCGGGUUCCCAACCACAACCACCCCAACAGCAACAGCAGCAACCACAGCCGCAGCCACCACCUCAGCAGCAGCAACAGCCACCAAGCCCCCAAGCUCAACCCCAGCCACCUCCACACACCCCACCACAGCAAGCGUAAUUUGUAUGAACUAAAUUUAAAUGAAACUAAAAAAUUUUAAACAGUCGCAUAAAUAUUUUUUUUAUCUUUUAAUUAGUUGGCGCAUCCAGCGUUGUUGUAAUAAUAAGUAAUUAGUUUAAUAAACUACGACUGCUAGUAUCGCAAUUUUUCAAGUCAUUCAUUCGUCGCUAAAGUCGAAAUAAUUUUCUUAAUUUUUUUAUUUGAAAUUUUCAAUUUAUAUUAAAUAUGGGGCAUUUUCAUAAAAUUAUUCGGAGAUUAAACGGUUAAUUAGUGGAAGGUAUCGUGACUGAUUUUAAACCAGAGCUUAUGUAAAUCUGAAUGUCUAUGAGGAACUAUGAAUAUUUUGAAGGGGAAAGGGGUCUGAGAUAGAAAAAAAAAGGAUAUUUUUGUGAUUUUUUUUUCAGAGUACUGUCUUUAUUAAAAUUUCUAAAAUUUGUGGCAUUAAUAAGCAUCGUUUCAAGAAUAUUCUGAUAAAUUUUCAUUAAAAAAUAUUGAAAAAUAAGCCAGUGGUAGUGGGGAGAGACGAGUCAAAAAAAAGUUCCAUGCGAGGCAGGAUAACUCAUGACUGCUUCAUCUGAAAUAAAAAAAUCAAAAAGAUUUCUUUAGCACAUAAGUUUGAUGGAUUUGAACGAAGGAAUAAACAAAAUAUUCAUUUUUGAAUUUUUGGUAAAGGUGCAAUCAAAAAAUUAUGAUUUUUACCAAAAAUUGCUCCUUUUGUUUAAUUAAAAAAUAAGUGGGUAUUGAAAGGAAAAAUCCUUCGUUCAAAUCCAAGUUAAACUUACAUACUAAAAAAAUCUUUUUGGUUUUUUUAUUUCAGAUGCAGUCACGAGUUAUCCUGCCUCGCAUGGGGACUUUUUUUUUAGAGUAACUCGUCUCUCCCCACUAGCACUGGCUUAUUUUUCAAUAUUUUUUAAUGAAAAUUUAGCAGAAUAUUCUUGAAAUGUUGCUUAACAAUGCCACAAAUUUUGAGAAUUUUAAAAAAGAAGAUACUCUGUAAAAAAAUCAAAAAAUAUCCUCUUUUUUUUGUAUCUCAGACCCUUCCUCCCUUAAAGUAAUUAGUAAUUUUUUGCUGGUCCAACUAAACGAAAUUUCUGAAUGCAAGAUUUAUACUGUUGUCUAAUCUCUAGCAGUAGUUUUUUAAAAAUGCCCAUAUAUUUUUUUGCGCAAUAAGUAUUACUGAUGAAAAAUAAAAUUAAUUAAAAUAACGGUCAUUUUAAUGGUUAUACGCUUCUGCGAUGACUAUCAUUCCGAUUGAACCAUGUUUAACUUGUACACAAACAAUAAUUUAUUGGUGCAAUAAAUUUUUACUUAUGCUAAGAAACUUUUUCAAUAUCAAUUGAAAAUUUUAAUUUUCUUAGAACGAGAAAAAAAUUUUUGCGAGAAAAAAUUUAUUGCAUCAAUAAAAAUUUUUUUCUGUGUACAAUAAAAAAUUUUGAUACUGGACGAUUAAUUA